AGGCGACUCAACAGCACCACAUGUUUGGGCAGGGCCACAUAGCCGGCAGUGUUUUGGCUGAUCAGCAGGAGGAGAAACAGGAAGUGCAGAGAAACACAGAGCAGGCCAGCUCAUAAGCUCACGGUACACACGCGAGAGAUCAAUUUCUCACUUGAAGGUGCAGACUAUGGAGGGAGCUACAACACAAGAUGAAAUUCACCAGGAGGAGAAAGAAAGAUCGGGAAGCACUGAAGUAGGGUGGACAGAUCCAAAGGAAAGAGAGUUGAGACUGGUGCUGCUGGGCUCAGCGGGUGCUGGGAAAAGCACUGCGGUCGAUGCCAUCCUGGGCGGCCCGACAUCUGAGUCCGACUGUACAGGCCCUGAGACACCAGUCACUGCCUGUCAGAAGAGACGCGUGACGCUGGCAGGACGACAGGUGGCUGUCGUGGACACACCUGACUGCCUGUGCAUCGAGCGCCCCGCUGAGGACGUCCGCCGCCAGUUCUCACUCUGCGCCACUUUAUCGGCCCCGGGGCCCCACGCUUUCCUGCUCUGUGUCCCCGUUCAUCGGCCCAGCAACCUGGAGCUCCAGAUUUUGGAGACCAUCGAGAAGGUGUUUGGUCCUGAAGCGGUUAGUAAACACGCAAUGGUGCUCUUCACUCGCAUGGACCGCCUGCCCGAGGAUGUUUCUCUGGAUGAGUAUCUCAGCACAGAACGGGCCGACUUACUAGAGCUCGUACAGAAGUGUGGGGAUCGACACCACCCGCUGCGGCCGGGAGCGAAUGCAGAGGAGAAGGACAACGUGAAGGAGCUGCUAAUAAAGGUAGAGCAGAUGGUGAAAGAAACCGGGACUCAAUUCUACACCUGCCCUCUCUUGAAGGAGGCAGAGAGGAGAGUGAAAGAGAAGGAGGAGGAGAUCUUGAGAAACAGAAAAGAAAGAGGAGAGGAAGAUUCGGAGGGAAUAAGGGCCGAAGCAGAGAGAAGUGUGGAUGAUUUGGUGGUUGAGGGAAUCGCAGACCUCUGCGUCUCCACGCCUGACUCCUCAUUCUUACGCUGGUUGUGGGACAGUGUGGUCGGGUGGCUUCUGUGGCUCCCGAAUAUGGUGAGGGGCAGUGCUUUACUGGGGUCGUUUGUGGGGUUGUUCGUCGGGGGGCCCUUAGGAGGGGCCAUGGGAGCGACGGUGGGCUCUGUGGCGACGGAGAUGGGUAGACGGAAAAAAAAAACCAACUGAGCACUUGAAAAUUUGGUAACAUCUUAUUGUAUUUUUCACCAUUAACAAAACAUUUAAAAAAACAGAUCAGUUAUUCUUAUACAUUCCGAUGUGAAUAUACAGUCAAACCAAAAUUUAUUUAGACACCUUGAACAUUUCAUUCAUUAUUACAGUUUAUUCACUAUAGUUUAAAAAAAAUGGUAAUAAAAUAUGACAAGAUCUCAGAGUUAAACUGUGUCAGAAAAAUUUAAUCUUAAUUAUGUCAGAUAACACUUAAGCAAAACAUUGUUUAAUAUAAUAACAUUGUUUAAUAACAUAAUAUGUCACAGUUUACUUUAUUUUGCUAUCCUCACUUACAUAAAUAAACUAUAGUGUCCUGCACCUACUAAAAAAAUAUCAAAAAUGUCUGAAUCAUUUUUGGUUUGACUGUAUAAUCAGCUAAUGAAAUGCUUUUGCAUGAUUCUAGUUGAAUACAAAUUUUUUCCAUUACAAAAAUUAUAUUAUUAACCAAAUGAUUUGAGUGAAAAGUUGAUUUGAAAAAUUAACGUGAAGUUCGGUCUUAGAUUUUGCUUUAAUGACAGAAGCACUUUACACAAGUUUGACGAUCACGCUAUCACAAGCUCUGUCACAUGGUUGCUUGUGUCAUUUCUGACCCAUAAAUAAUGCAAAAUAUUAAAUUUUUUCAUUAAUUUUACCCUUAUAUCUUUUUUAUUUUCAAAAUCCUAAAAUGUUCAGUUUAGACAGAUUUUUAGUCUAUAUAUAAAUUAUAUAAAAUAAAUUGUGUAUCUGUACGAUUUUUUAAUAAACAUCCAAUGAAUAUGUAAAUGCAUAAAUAUAUAUAUAAAAUAUAAAUGCACUACUGCUCCGGGUGUGUGUGUUCACGAUGUGUGUGUGUUCACUACUGUGUGUGUGCGCACAUGGAUGGGUGAAAUGAAGAGCACAAAUUCUGAGUAUGGGACACCAUACUUCUCCACACACUUCAAUUUUUUUCACUUUUAUAAAAUACAAUAUAUAAAUUAUACAAUAAGCAUAAAUGAAAAAAUCUAAUAAAAAUACAGCAAUAUAUGUAUACAAAGUAUUCCAGCUAUGAUCUGUUAAGCAUGUCAUAUGCAAUAAUGUUUGUUAAUGUUAUUCAUGAAAAAUAUAAAAUAAGUGUUACCAAACAUUUGAGUGCUUAAAGAGUCCAAAAGCAGGUAUUACAAAAAGUCUAUUUCUAAUGGUGAGCAAAGAGAAGGAUUUAGACGUGUCUUUGAGAUUCAUUUCUCUUAUUGUGUGCACCUUUAGUUUUUCACUAAAGCUUUUUUGAUUUAAAAGUUACAUGUCGUAUGAUGUUUUGAGUUUAAAAAGCAUCUGUUAAGGAAAUCCGUAGAGUAAUGGAGUGAAGAUUACUGUCUUAACACUGUCACCAAAAAGCUUUAUUCCACAUAUACACAAGUAAAACGCACUGUAUCACUACUAAUCCUGAAGUGCUUUCUUUGAAGUGAGGACUGAACUUUAAGCACACUAUAAAGUCCGAAUUUGUUUACAGACUGCAAACAUCUCUGGAUCUAGGUGCAUAAGUGUUUUUAUUAGAUCACUGCUGCGCUAAACAGCUGCUAUGGAACAAAUGCGUGUUACACAUUUUAAGACAUCGCAUGAUCAUAAAUUUAAUAACGCUCCUCAUAUAAGCGGUUUUCAUGUGCAAUUUUGUCACUUAAUUGGUUUGCAGUUCAAAUGUUUCUGCAGCUGUUCUGGAGUAUGAAAAUAAAGCGACAUAAUGGAAACAAUCA